CUAAUCACUGCCACAAUGACAUCUCCAAGCUCUGCCCAGCAUCCAGCAGCUGAGAAUGCCUGCAGAAUCACACUCGGACAAGUUAACCAGGUGAGACCCAAACUGCCACUUCUGAAGAUUCUGCAGGCUGCAGGUGCCCAAGGUGAAACCUUCACGCUGAAGGAGGUUAUGCAUUACCUAGGACAGUAUAUAAUGGUGAGGCAGCUAUAUGACAAAAGACAGCAACACAUGGUCUAUUGUGGAGGAGAUCAGCUGGGAGAACUGCUGGGACUGGAGAGCUUCUCUGUAAAAGAUCCAAGCCCAGUCUAUGAUAUGUUGAAACGGAACCUGACUUCUGCUGCAAUGACAGAUGCUGCACAGAAUCUCGCAAAGGAACAGAGCGUCGAUAAGCCAAGCCAAGACCAGCUGAAGGUAAACCCACUGUCUGGUUAUGACACUGGCGUCACGGAGGGUGAAAGCAAUGCUUCUGCUUUGUCUACCUCAGAGCAAAAAUGUGAGAAUUAUGAAGACAAAGACUUAAUAGAAAACCUCUCUAAAAGCAAGAAGCCUAAACUGGACCUAGUGUUUGAGGAAUGGGAUGUAGCUGGUCUUCCAUGGUGGUUUUUAGGCAACCUCAGAAGCAAUUACAAGUCCAGAAGUAAUGGAUCAACAGAUAUUCAGACUAACCAGGAUGUAGACACUGCCAUUGUUUCAGAUACUACUGAUGACUUGUGGUUCCUCAACGAAUGCCCGUCAGAUCAGAGCAGUGCUGCAGGCAAGGUGGAAACGGUUGACUGCGAGGAAGUGAAAGAAGGUGACAAAAAGGUGACCGAGGAUGUGUGUUUGCAUGACUGUGAGAAUUCCCAGUGCUUAACUGAUGACACGGAUACAGAAGCUGCUCCUGAGGACUGCUGGCAAUGCACGAAAUGCAAGAAAUUUAACUCUCCAGGCAAACGGUACUGCUACCGCUGCUGGGCCUUACGGAAAGACUGGUACUCAGAUUGUCCCAAACUUGCUCAUUCUCUUUCUCUGUCCAACAUUGAUACUAUGCAAAACAAAAAUGAUGAUAAAGGGAUAGAUGUCCCGGACUGCCGAAGGACUAUUUCUGCUCCAGUUGGCCAACCCAAAGAUCUGUACGUUGGAGAAAACAAAUCACGUGUAGAUCCCUGCAGCUCUAUUGAGUCUUUGGAUUUGGCACGAGAAUGUGAAAGCAAGAAGUCUCUGUUGCAUUUCACUGAGCAUAAAAAGGAGGAAGAAAUACAGUCUUUAGAGAGUAUAAAAAAAUUACUGAAUCCUUGCUUCUUAUGCCAUCACAGACCACGGGAUGGGAAUAUUGUCCAUGGAAGGACUGCUCACCUUGUGGCCUGUUUCAAGUGUGCAAAGAUGCUGAAAAAAAAGAGAUCACCUUGCCCAGUGUGCAGGAAAGAGAUUGAGAUGGUGAUCAGGAUCUUUAUGGGAUAG